CCCAUGGAUGUCAGCAAUUGGACACAAGUGCCAGAGUUUGUCUUCCUGGGCUUCUCAGGUGUCCCACAUGGCCACUUCUACCUCUUCUUGGUGUUCCUAACCAUCUACUUGGUUACCGUAAUUGGGAACACCACAAUAGUCACCCUGAUCCAGCUGGACUCCCGCCUUCACAGCCCCAUGUACUUUUUCCUCAGCCACUUAUCCUGCUUGGAUGUUUGCUACUCAUCUGUCACUGUCCCCAAGAUCCUGGUGAACUUCUUGCGCCAGAGUCACACCAUUGCGUAUAACCAGUGCAUGGCCCAGAUGUUCUUCCUGAUGACAUUUGCGGGGUCAGAGUGUGCACUGCUGGCUGUCAUGGCCUACGACCGCUACGCUGCCAUUUGCCAACCGCUGCAUUACAGUAAUCUGAUGGGCAAUCAGAUACGUAUUCCUCUGGCCAUCGCCUCUUGGAUUUGGGGCUUCCUCGACUCAGCCAUUCACACCACUCUGGCCACAAAUCUGUCCUUCUGUGGGGCCAAUCAGAUUGACCACAUCUUCUGUGACGUUCCACCGCUCCUGAAAAUUGCCUGCAGUGACACCUACAUCAACGAGAUCACGCUCCAUCUGGCCAGCAUCUUCAUGGGUUUGAGCCCUUUCUUGUUCAUCAUCCUGUCCUACGUCUACAUCCUGUCUGCCAUCCUGCGGAUCCGCUCAAAUACUGGUAGGCGCAAGGCCUUCUCCACCUGUGCUUCUCACAUGAUCGUUGUCACCAUUUACUUUGGGAUGGCAAACGUGAACUACAACCGCCCCAGUGCUGGCUACUCCUUGGGGAUCGACACUCUAAUCUCCACGCUGUAUUGUAUCAUCACCCCCAUGCUGAACCCCCUGAUCUACAGCCUCCGAAACAAGGAGGUGAAGGAAGCCCUGCAGAAGGUCCUGGGACGUCAGAAGAAAGGAUAUACUUCCGCCUAG